AUGGAGGACGACGAGGAUACCGUCAUGCGGGACGCCAUCUCCCAGCCCAUGGCUCCACCUCACCAGCUGGCUAGAGCUAGCGCGAGCAGACAGUCUCUGCCUCCGCAUUUCAAUGGGAGUGCCGAUCCUGCUCUUGCGCCGUCGAUUUUGGGACAGGGGUUGCCGCCGAGGCUGGGGAGUGUGCCGGCGCCGGCGACGGCGACGUCUGCGAUGGGGAUUGUGCCGGUGGCUGGUUCUGGUCCUGGUCCUGGUACUGGUCAUCCGGCAGAGGCGCCAGGUUUGACUAAGUCUGUCGAGCUAGGUGGGGGGCUCGGGGGAAUUGAAAGGUCCGAGAGCCCUAUGGAAGCGAAUUCGGACUGGUCGGACGAAGAAGCUGCGGCCCAUGUUGGUAUUCCACUUGCUAGCCUUUCAUCGGGAUUGUGUUAUGAUGUGCAGAUGCGGUAUCAUUGUGAAGUGAGACCGACGGCAGAUGUGCAUCCGGAGGAUCCGCGAAGAAUUUAUUAUAUCUACAAGGAGCUGUGUCGAGCUGGGCUUGUUGAUGAUCCAGAGUCAUCGAAACCGCUUGUCUCGAGGCCGUUGAAAAGGAUAAAUGCGCGGAAUGCGACAGAGGAGGAGGUUUCGCUUGUCCAUACGCCGGAUCAUUUUUCUUUUGUGGAGAGCACCAAGGACAUGUCUGAUGAUGAACUCAUUGCAUUGGAACAUACUCGUGAUUCCAUCUAUUUCAACAAACUCACUUUUGCGUCGUCACUUUUGUCCGUGGGAGGUGCAAUUGAAACAUGUCUUGCUGUCGCUACUCGUAAGGUUAAGAACGCCAUCGCUGUUAUCCGGCCGCCCGGACACCAUGCAGAACACGACAAGACUAUGGGAUUCUGUCUGUUUAACAAUGUAUCGGUCGCUGCUCGUGUUUGUCAGAGAAGAUUGGGAGAUAGCUGUCGAAAGAUUGUGAUUCUCGAUUGGGAUGUCCAUCAUGGAAACGGUAUCCAGAAAGCAUUCUACGACGACCCUAAUGUCUUGUAUAUCUCUUUGCAUGUUUAUCAAGAUGGGAGAUUUUACCCUGGUGGUGACGAAGGUGACUUGAACCACUGCGGUGCUGGUGCUGGUGUUGGGAGAAACGUCAACAUUCCAUGGCCAAGCCAGGGUAUGGGUGAUGGCGACUACAUGUACGCAUUUCAGCAAGUUGUCAUGCCUAUUGCUCAAGAGUUUGAUCCCGAUUUGGUUAUCAUCGCUUCUGGUUUCGAUGCUGCUGUUGGCGAUGAGCUUGGUGGUUGCUUCGUGACACCAUCUUGCUAUGCGCACAUGACACAUAUGCUUAUGGGUCUUGCCAAUGGGAAGGUGUCUGUCUGCUUGGAGGGUGGCUACAAUUUCCGAUCAAUCUCCAAAUCCGCACUCGCAGUCACAAAAACGCUCAUGGGAGAGCCUCCCGACCGUCUUCUGUCAACAUCGCCAUCGGAACUUGCCGCAAGCACUGUAAGACGUGUUAUGUUGACCCAGUCCCGUUACUGGCGGUGCAUGUAUCCGAGGGAACCGCAAGAUCUGAGCCUUUGGACUGAUAGACUGCACGAUAUUAUUCGUCAGUACCAGUCCAAGCAGCUGUAUGACAAGUUCAAGCUCACGCCGCUUUAUAUUUAUCGGACGGCUAUUUCGAAGUCUUUUGAAAAUCAGGUUUUGGCAAGCUCGAAUUAUUACAAACAAACACCGCUUCUAGUCGUUUUCCACGAUCCACCCGAAAUAAUGGGCCUCCCUCAUCCAACAACCAAUAAACUAGAAGCCCACAAUUGCUGGCUGGCUGAUGUUGUCAAGGAGUAUAUCGGAUGGGCUAUUGGGAAAGGCUAUGCUGUGAUUGACGUGAACAUUCCAAAACAUGUCACUAAUGAACCUGUAACUGGGAAAUACGAAGACGAGGAUGAGAACAGGCCUACUGCGACUGAGGAAUUGGCGGGGUAUUUGUGGGAUAAUUAUAUCGAACCCAACGAAGCGACCGAGGUUUUCUUCAUCGGCAUGGGCAAUGCCUUUUACGGUGUCGCGAACUUGUUGAUCAACCGAGAAACCCUGUACCAACGCGUUAACGGGGUAAUCUCCUUCGUCGCCGAGAACCCCGUUCGCGCGAUAGCCUCCCACACACAAGUCUGGCUCUCACGAUGGUAUAAAGAUAACUCAUUGGUCUUCGUCUCCCACAGCCACGGCGUUUGGAGCAACGUCGAAACGCGCCGCAAGCCGUCAAAACGCUACGGGCAUCUUAUUCAAUCACCGACCUCGGGACUCAGCGAAAUGCUCAUGCAUCAUCGCGAGGAUGUGUUUAAGUGGAUUGAGGAGCGGGCGGAUGAGGAGGAGAGUGAGGAGGAGGACGAGGCGGAGAGGGGUGGGAGUGGGAGCAAGAGUCGGUCGCCGGUGAAGAGGGUGGCAGCGAGUGAGUAG